GUUGUAUAUUCAGGAGGUAAAAAGACAAGAGAAAGUGACAAUGUAAAGUAGUGGGAUGGUAUGUCCACUGUUGGCUGAGGGGUUGCAGGUCUGAGAACCUGGUAAGGCAAAGUUUUUGUGUUCAUUUGUGGUGAGGUAUGUUAACUGAGGCUCAUUUGUGAUUGCUUUAGGGAGCCUACCUGAGUUAAUGAAGUCCUUGUGGGAGCUUAACAGAAGAGCGGAGCCAAUUCUGCUCAUCAGUUUGUGACCUUUUUAGUGUCUGUCCACAUUAAACAAAACAAAAAACAACUUAGAAAAUUGGACUGCCUGAUCUGAAGAGUGUAAACUGCCAAGGCUCCAAUCAGGGAUGGAGACACCAUUGGAUGUCCUGUCCAGGGCCGCCUCUUUGGUGCAUGCUGAUGAUGAAAAACGUGAAGCUGCCCUCAGGGGCGAGCCCCGGAUGCAGACCCUCCCGGUGGCAUCUGCCCUCACCAGCCACCGCACAGGUCCCCCGCCCAUCAGUCCCAGCAAGAGGAAGUUUGGCAUGGAGCCUGGGGCAGACGAGUUGGACUGUGACAGUGACCACGUGUCCAAGAUGAGCCGCAUCUUCAGUCCCCACCUGAGCAAGACUGCCAACGGAGACUGCCGAAAAGACCCCCGGGAGCGGAGCCGCAGCCCCAUCGAGCGCGCCGUGGCCCCCACCAUGAGCCUGCACGGCAGCCACCUAUACACGUCCCUCCCCAGCCUCAGCAUGGAGCAGCCCCUCGCACUGACCAAGAACAGCAUGGACACCGGCAGGCCAGCCGGCAUCUCGCCCACGCUGACCCCUGGGGAGCGGCAGCAGAACCGGCCGUCCGUGAUCACGUGCGCGUCCGCCAGCGCCCGCAACUGCAACCUCUCGCACUGCCCCAUCGCGCACAGCGGCUGCGCGCCGGCCGGGCCAGCCAGCUACCGGAGGGCGCCGAGCUCCGCCGCCGCCUGCGACCCCGUGGUGGAGGAGCACUUCCGCAGGAGCCUGGGCAAGAACUACAAGGAGCCGGAGCCGGCGCCCAACUCCGUGUCCAUCACGGGCUCCGUGGACGACCACUUCGCCAAGGCCCUGGGCGACACGUGGCUCCAGAUCAAGGCGGCCAAGGACGGCGCGGCCGGCAGCCCCGAGCCCGCCUCGCGCAGGGCCCAGCCGGCCAGCCCCUCGGCCCACAUGGUCAGCCACGGCCACUCCCCGUCCGUGGCCUCGUGAAGGGCGCGCCCGCCGCGAACAAGACGUGCAUCUGCAUGGUUUGCCUGAGCUUCCCACAGUCAGCGCUUAAAA